AGCCGCGAGCCGGGCGUGAGCGGGGCGGCGCGAGGGCGGCCGAGGUGAGGCGGCACCGCCGCAGCAUGGAUUACCCCGAGCCCGGCUCGCCGCAGGGCGCCUGGGAGCUGCCCGGGGAAGGCGGCGGCGGCGGUUACGGCGGCCGCUACGAGCGGGCGGCCGGCGGCGAGGAAGAGGAGGAGGAAGCGGCGGAGCAUCCCCUGGCCCGUCCGCCCCGCCGCCCCCGGCAGCGCUCCGUGCCGCCGCUCCGCGCCGCGCUCUCCACCUCUUCCUCCGAGGAGGGGGAACCGGAGGCGGCCACCCCGAGCGACUCGACCGGCGGCGGCGAGUUCGAUUCGGCCGAGUCCGGCGCUUCGCUGCGCUACUCCUCCGGCACCGGGGAAGGCGGCGAGGGCGCGGGGCUGGCGAGCGGCGAGAGCGGCGGCGGCGGCGGCGGCUGCUCCGCGCUGCCCGAGAGGAAACGGCCGCGCUCGGCGGCGGGCGGCGGGCGGCCCCGCUAUGAGGUGGUGCGGGAGUUGGGGGCCGAGGAGGUGCGCUGGUUCUACCGGGAGGACCGGAAGAACUGGAAGCCCUUCAUCGGUUACGACUCGCUGCGGAUCGAACUGGCCUUCCGAGCGCUCGGCCCCGGCCCCGAGCGGACGGCGGUGGAGCCGGUGUGCGUGCGGAGCGGGCUCUACGAGGUGGACGUGGCCAACGCCGAGUGCUACCCCGUCUACUGGAACCGUGAGGCGGUGCGUUCCCCUGUAGGCAGAUGGCCAGCAUGGCUCUGCUGCGCUGCUGCCUGGUGCUCUCUGCCUGGUUCUCUGCUGCGCCCAGGCCCCAGAAGAUUGCAAGGUCAGAUCCCAAGGAUUCUGUCUCAUCUCCUGCUUCUGAAGACCUUGGUGUGGCUGUUAUUCCCAUCUAAUGGCGUGCGUGCAAUUCUGGAUCUGAAGGAAACAGAGAAGAUUCCCGUAAUGCGUGGACAGUGGUUUAUUGAUGGUACGUGGCAACCUCUGGAGGAGGAGGAGAGUAACCUGAUAGAGCAGGAGCACCUCAACCGCUUCCGGGGCCAGCAGAUGCAAGAGAGCUUUGAUAUGGAAGUAUCAAAACCUGUUGAUGGAAAGGAAGUUCUCUACUACCUCCCUCCCUUCUCCCUCCCUUCUUUGUUCAAAUGGAGAGGAUAUAAGGAGAAUUCAGAUGCUGCAUGUCUUAAACGAAAGCGUUCCCAAGCUAUUCAUAGUCUAAAGUUGAGUCGCAACCAUGUGGACUGGCACAGUGUGGAUGAAGUGUAUCUGUACAGUGAUGCAACAACAUCUAAAAUUGCAAGAACUGUUACACAAAAGUUGGGGUUUUCCAAAGCUUCAAGUAGUGGGACAAGGCUACAUAGAGGCUAUGUAGAAGAAGCUACCUUGGAAGACAAGCCACCACAAACUAGUCACAUUGUGUUUGUUGUGCAUGGUAUUGGGCAGAAAAUGGACCAAGGAAGGAUCAUCAAAAAUACAGCUAUGAUGCGAGAUACUGCAAGAAAAAUAGAAGAAAAGUAUUUUUCCAAUCUUGCAACACACGUUGAAUUUCUUCCAGUUGAAUGGAGGUCAAAACUUACCCUCGACGGAGACACCGUGGACUCCAUUACUCCAGACAAAGUACGGGGUUUAAGGGACAUGCUGAACAGCAGUGCCAUGGAUAUCAUGUAUUACACAAGUCCUCUUUAUAGAGAUGAACUUGUCAAGGGGCUGCAGCAGGAGCUGAACCGCCUGUACACACUGUUCUGCUCUCGGAAUCCAGAGUUUGAGGAGAAAGGAGGGAAAGUCUCCAUUGUGUCCCACUCUCUGGGCUGUGUCAUCACCUACGACAUCAUGACAGGCUGGAACCCCGUCAGCCUUUACGAACAGUUGCUGCGGAAAGAGGAGGAAGAGCUUGAAGACAGUUGGAUGAGUUAUGAGGAGCAGCGUUUACUUGAAGAACUUUACAUAACCAAACAACGGUUGAAAGAGAUAGAAGAGAGGUUACAAGGCUUGAAGGCAUCCACCAUAGCAAAAACACCUGUCUUAAAAUUUAAGGUUGAGAAUUUCUUCUGCAUGGGAUCUCCACUAGCAGUGUUUUUGGCAUUGCGUGGCAUCCGUCCAGGAAACAGCGGUAGCCAAGAUCAUAUUCUGCCCAGAACAAUUUGUAACCGCUUACUGAAUAUAUUUCACCCAACAGACCCAGUGGCCUAUAGAUUAGAACCUUUAAUCCUGAAGCACUACAGCAACAUUUCACCAGUCCAGAUCCACUGGUACAACACCGCAAACCCUCUACCUUACGAGCAUAUGAAGCCAAGUUUUCUCAACCCAACAAAAGAGCCUACCUCAGUUACUGAUGGCGAAAGCGCUUCGACUGUCCCAAGCCCAACUACUUCACCAGUCAUGGUUCGGCGCCACUACGGGGAGUCCAUAACCAACAUAGGCAAAGCCAGUAUACUGGGAGCUGCGAGCAUUGGGAAGGGCCUCGGAGGGAUGCUGUUCUCAAGGUUCGGUCGCUCGAGUACACAGGCUGCAGAGCCAGGAAAAGAUGGAGUGGAAGGGGACGACAAGAAGACCACUGUGGGAACGCCGCCUUUCUCACAGAGCAGCAGCAGCUCAGCCUUCCUCGAACCCACAUUGGAACUGGAGCACAGGAUUGAUUUCGAGCUCAGGGAAGGUCUGGUGGAGAGCAGAUACUGGUCUGCAGUCACGUCGCACACUGCCUAUUGGUCAUCUCUGGAUAUUGCUCUUUUCCUCCUAACCUUCAUGUACAAACACGACCAGGACGAUACUGACAAAUCCAAUUUGGAUGCUAUCUGAAGUUUUGACUGGGGGCUGGGUGGGAUGGGAAAGGAAAUCUGAAAACCAAUGGCACAAAACGGAUGUCAAACCACAGUAUGUAUGGCAUGGAGGUUUCAGGUUUAAGUGCAUGUUUGGGUUCUUUCCUGUUUCUAAGGAGCAAAAAUGAUUUGUAUGGCAAAGCACUUUAUAGUUUCAAACGUUUUGCAGUGCUGAAUCAGACCUGAAAUUGUUCCAAAUUCUUGUUGACUUUGCAUAAAGCGACGACACAGCGUGCAGCACCACGUCCGCACCGUUGUGCAUUGUGCUCGGGUGGCAUUCUUGUUGAUGACCAUAAUUGCUGUUCAGUUCAUUAAAGUACAAACAGAGGAGUUGAUUUAAAAAAAAAAAGCGAAAUUAAUUUCCAUUAACAAAGUAUGUGUUACUUACAAACCUAAAACUGCCAUGUUCCAAUGUUGUAUGUGUCAGUAAAUAACGAGCGGUGGUGUCGUUUCUCUAGGAUCUGUUGAGCUGCACAUCCUGUUAUCCACAGUACCAUUCUGAGUGCUGGCUGCUGGGCUGUGUUCUACGUGGCACGUGGAGAAACCAACGCUGAAAAGCACCACGCGGAUAUGAAAUACUGUAACUAUAAUUUAUUAUCUCCGUUUCAUUUUAUCCCAGUGUACAAAACAUGACUUUUUUACUGGUUUCUUUUGACAUAAUUUAAGAACCACAUUUAUUUUCUACAGCGUUAAGACUUUUUCUCAGAAAUGCAUAUCUUUGUACUACUAUUCAGAUGAAUAUAUGGACACUGUGGCACACUUUAAGUAUUUUUUCAUUAAAAUAAAUAUUUGUGGUUUCACACAAAUGACGUUAA